AUGGCCCGCAUGAACCGGCCGGCCCCCGUGGAGGUGAGCUACAAGAACAUGCGGUUCCUCAUCACGCACAACCCCACCAACGCCACCCUCAGCACCUUCAUCGAGGACCUGAAGAAGUACGGGGCCACCACCGUGGUGCGCGUGUGCGAGGUGACCUACGACAAGGCCCUGCUGGAGAAGGACGGCAUCACCGUGGUGGACUGGCCCUUUGACGACGGGGCGCCCCCGCCUGGCAAGGUGGUGGAGGACUGGCUGAGCCUGCUGAAGGCCAAGUUCUGCGACGACCCUGGCAGCUGCGUGGCCGUGCACUGCGUGGCCGGCCUGGGACGGGCCCCGGUCCUCGUGGCACUGGCGCUCAUCGAGAGUGGGAUGAAGUACGAGGACGCCAUCCAGUUCAUCCGGCAGAAGCGGCGCGGAGCCAUCAACAGCAAGCAGCUCACCUACCUGGAGAAGUACCGGCCCAAGCAGAGGCUGCGGUUCCGGGAGCCGCACGCGCCCCGGACCAAGUGCUGUGUCAUGUAG